AUGCAGAUUGCUUUCCAAAAACACGUACAGUCAAUGAUCAAAGUGAUGGAAGUCGUUGGGAAUCCAUUUGAAGAGGAUAGUCAAGAUCUGUUGCUUGCAGACGAGGAGCUGCUCAUUACUAAAGGAGACGAUGUCUUGAGAAAGCCACCGCUUCUGGAUACUUCAGCAAUGGUUCCUUGCAACCACGAGGAGGCCGACACCCGCUAUAUGUUGCAUGCCGCCCACGCUGCUCACAAUGGCGACAAGAAGAUCCGCAUCUGCACAGUUGACCCUGAUGUUAUUGUCCUGAAUGAGGAAACUGAAAUCUGGGUGGCUUUCGGCUCGGGGAAGACGUUCCGCUUCUUGGCAGCCCAUGAGAUGGCUUGGGCUUUGGGUCCUGAAAAAGCUCAGGCACUACUGAUGUUUCAUGCUGACGGGCUGCGACACGGUCUCCUGCUUCGCCGGACGUGGAAAGAGGAUAGCAUGGCCAGUGUGGACAGUGCUACUUGA